AACCGAAACUAACAUUGUAUAAAUAUUUCCCGAAUAUCUCUAUACAAGGGUAUAUAGGCCCAUUAUCAUAAAUCAGGUGAUAGGUCCACAGGUGAUAUUAAACAUUCUAGAGUUAGAAAAGACUAUGGCAGUAGUUGGACAACGUGUUAUUAGAGGACCAGAUUGGAUAGCUGGUGAUAUAGAUGGUGGAGAAGGACACCUUGGUACAGUUGUUAGUGUUGGUGGUUUAGAAACAGUGGAGGUUCUAUGGGAUAAUGGUAAUCGCAAUACCUGUAGAAUUGGACACAACGGACACCAUGAUCUAAGAGUUUUUGAUAAUGGAACCACAGGGGUCCGUCACGAGGGAACAGACUGUACUGUAUGUUCUGAAAGAGGGAUAUUUGGAAUGAGAUGGACUUGUAAUGUGUGUAGUGACUGUCAUCUGUGUCCUGUAUGUUAUGUAACAGAUCAACAUGACACACACCAUGAUUUUACCAGAUACACAACACCUGAUGAUAAAGGCGUCCCAGUUCCAAAGAGGGCCACCAGUGUCAAAGCUCAAACAAUGGGGAUUUUUCCUGGUGCCGUUGUUAAAAGAGGACACGAUUGGAAAUACGGAGAUCAAGAUGGUGGCGCCGAAAAAACUGGUGAAGUUAUCUCAGUAGAAUAUGGCGAUAAGAACAGUAGUACAACCAGAAAUAAAGUUCGUGUAAAAUGGGCGCCUUCUGGUUCUUACUAUAUAUAUCGUCUUGGUGCUGAAGAUGGAAAAGUGGAUUUACAAUUCGUCCACCAAUCUCGUGGAACUCAUUACUAUAGAGACCAUUUGCCAGUAUGUGAAAACCCACCGGAGUCUAAAAGAGCAAUAGUCCAAAGAACUGGUGCACAAAAUAUAGAAGAUAGUUCCGAAGCUUUACAAGAUGAUGAUAAUGUAUGUAUUGUGGUUUCAUCGGCCAAUCUUGAAGAACUUCAAAAACAACACUGCGGUUAUACUAAAGGCAUGACCAAUUGUAUCGGGAAAAUUGGAAAGAUCAAAGGCUUUACUCCAAAUGGUGAUGCUAUAGCAGAAUUCGGUGGGACAAAGUUUCGCUUUCAUCCAAGAGUUUUGAAAAAGGUUUAUGAUUUGAAUGUGGGGGACAUUGUACGGAUUCUUCCUGAUGAACAGAGCGUUGAAACACUUCAAGAUGAACAUGGUGGCUACAACCCACAAAUGAAACAAUACCUUGGAAAAGUUGGCAAAGUUGUUAAAAAGGAUUCAGAUGGCGAUGUUAUUGUGGAAUUUGGAAGGAGAAUCUUUCUGUAUAAUCCUGGAUGCUGUACACCAGCGCCAGGCCAGACAGUUUAUGAGGAAGAUGAACAUGGGAGCGAUGACAACGAUGGUGAUAGUGAUGAUAGUGACAAUCCAUUACAGCAGCUGGAAAAUCUCAACCACUUAAUGAUGUUGAUGAUGGGCGGCUUAAUGCGGGGUGCGGGUGAGCGACUGGGCAGUGAUUUGGCAAUAUUAGCUCUUUAUAAAGCCAUAUCAGAAGGUGAUACAUCUGAGGCCCGCUCUAUAAUUCAAAGAGACCCGUCAGUGAUUAACAAAACCUUUAAAGGCGUGACACCUUUAAUUUUUGCCAGUCAUCAAGGUCAAGAUGCCAUAGUUGAAGAACUGUUGAAGAAAGGUGCUGACAUCAACAUUGUCGAUCAUCUCGGAAACACAGCCGUAGCAGCUGCUAUAAUUGGGGAGAAAAAGAAAAUAGCAAAAUAUUUGAUUGAAAAGGGUUGUGACAUAACUGUUACUGACAACAAUGGACGAACAGCUAUACAUUCCGCAGCGAUUGAAGAUUUUGGAGAUAUAAUUUCCCUUUUGAUACAGAGAGGAUGUGAUGCAAAUAUUCAGGACAAAGUUGGUGACACCGCACUACAUGAUGCUAUUGCUAAGGGCUCAAGUAGUGCUGUCAACAUACUGUGUAAAUCGCGAAGUACAGAUUUGACCUUGGUCAACAGAAAAGGGUUUAACCCUCUUCAUCAUGCUGCUCUGAAAGGCGACACCGAGGCAAUCGAAACGAUUUUAAUGAUUAACAAGGGUCUGGUGAAUGUGAAAAAAUCAGAUGGCUUUACUGCUCUCCAUGUUGCGGCAGUUAAUAACCACGAUGAUUGUGCACGGAUACUUAUUCAGAAGGGAAAUGCCGAUGUAAACAGCAGAAAUUUAGAUGGCGACACUCCUUUGAGUUUAGCAGCUGGCAGAGGAUUAGUAGAGACUGUAAAAGUUCUUAUUGAUAGAAAUGCUAACGUUAAUGCUGUGAAUACCAAAAAAGAAACGCCCCUUCAUGCAGCAUUAUCACAAACUGAUUCGAGUAUGGAACUUGGACAUCCGAUGCUAGGACUGGGAUUGUUACUAGGACUCGGUAUUGCCACCAAAGAAAAUCGUAUCAAAGCGGCCUGCACGUUGAUUGAAAAUGGUGCUGACUUAGAAAAGCGUAAUAGUGAAGGUAAAACACCCCUGGAGUGUUGUUCAGAUGAUGUGAUAAAAACAGCUGUAAAUAAUUUCAUAAGACAAAGGAGAGACCAGCCAUCAACUAGCAGAGUUCUACAAACAUCGGCCCGCCGAAACAAAGAUUGUUCGAUGCAGUAAAAUCAACGCUGAGAUACUUUCAAAGGCUUCUUAAAUGUAUAUAAUUAUGAUUUGGGGGUUUUCUAUAACAAUAUUUGUAUUCAAGAUUGUCUGUUAACUUAUGGUAUUUUAUCAAUUUGCUUUGUAACAUAAUAGUUUUUCAUAAGUGUACAAUGUAAUUUUCAGUAAUUGCUUGGCAAAUCGAAAUAUUUUACAAAUUACCUUUGUUUUUGUGCACUUACGCAAUUUGUGAGAAUUGGAGAUAAAUGGGUCAUUACGGAAUAGCCCACAAGGUAAGAUUAUACCAAAUGAUUUAUUUGAAUAAAGUAUAUCCAGCUGUACAUGUAUAUCCAUCAUUGUAUUGAUUAUAUUAUUGAGCAUUAUUGUGUAUUAACAUAAUAAAAUGUUGUGUAUUGAUAUGUA